AUGGAUAACCGUAUCAACUUAAACACUAAGCCCAGAUUGACAAACUCCGAACGUCGAACUAUAUAUGAAGUCAUAUUGGAGCAAAGUAAUGACGGGAAACUAAAAUAUGGAUCUAUAAGCGAUGUGGCAUCACAUUUCUCCGUAUCUACCCGCACCGUGAGUCGCAUUUGGCAUCAAGCUAGAUUUCAAGUCCAACAUGGAUAUUUGGUUGACGUAUCAAGGAAACCACAUAUAGCUAAACAAAAAAGGAUACAAAUCAAUUUCGAUCAAGUUGCACAAAUAGCACUACGUCGUCGAACCAAUAUUCGAUCAAUUGCGAAAGCACUAAAUGUUUCAAAAUCAACCGUGCAUCGAAGAAUAAAAGAAGGUGAACUUCGACCACAUACGAAUGCCAUAAAGCCGAAUUUGACUGAGGAGAAUAAAAAAGAAAGGUUAGAAUUUUGUUUAUCUAUGAUUACACCGUCUUUGUCUAAUCCUUCAUUUUAUGAUAUGUUUAACGUCGUUCACAUUGAUGAAAAAUGGUUUUACAUGUCAAAACCAUCUAAAAGUUACUACCUUGUACCCGGUGAGGAUGAGCCAUUAAGAAAAUGCAAAUCGAAAAAAUUUAUCACAAAGGUCAUGUUUUUGGCCGCCGUUGCACGACCAAGAUUUGACACGUUAGGUAAUGAAAUUUUCUCGGGAAAGAUAGGUAUCUUUCCUUUCACAAAACUUGAACCCGCAAAACGUUCAAGUAAGAAUCGUGUUGCGGGGACUAUGGAGACUAAACCUAUCUUGUCGGUGACUAAAGAAGUAACGCGGUCAUGGUUAAUUGAUAAAGUACUACCGGCUAUUAGGGAUAAAUGGCCGCAAGGUCAUACGGGUCCAAUAUUUAUUCAACAAGAUAAUGCGAAGCCACAUAUUAGUAUCGACGAUGAACAAUUCGUUCAAGAAGCAUCUCGAGGUGGGUUUGAUAUUCGACUUCGUUUUCAACCUCCAAAUAGCCCGGAUUUAAAUGUGUUAGACCUCGGGUUUUUUCGCGCUAUUCAAUCACUUCAAGAACAAGAGGUUUUAGGAUCGAUCGAUGAAUUGGUUCAUGCGGUACAAACUUCUUUUCACAAAAUGUCAUCGCGUGAGCUUAACAAUGUCUUUUUGACUCUACAAACAUGCAUGAAGGAAAUCAUGAAGGUACAUGGUAGCAACAAUUAUCAAACACCACAUAUCAGUAAAGGUCGACUAGAACGUCAAGGAAGGUUACCGUUGCAAAUCGAGUGUGAUAGCAAUUUGAUUGAUGAAGCGGUUUCGUGUUUAAAUCACUAG